AUGUCGCCAGCUGCUCUUCGUGCUGCUGCGGCUGAACACCGACUUGCUCGUGCAAACAGGAGCAUCGAUGUCGAUGACUCGGUUAUGGAGUCUACUGGCCAACUCUCUUCUGAGUCAGAAGACGAACCACUUUCACGGAGAGGCAAAGGGAAAGCCAAGGGCAAAGGCAAAGGCAAGGCUUCCGUGGACCCCCCUAAAAUUAUGACCUUCGCAGAACUACGGAGGCUCCGCAGAGAGGCGAAAAACAAAAACCUUGAGGAGACUAAGGCCACGCGAUUGGAAGAAAAGGCAAUGCGAAAACGUUUGGGCAGGAGGCUUACCUAUGCGGAAAAAUCGACCAUCGCCUUACACUUCUAUCACGAGGAGCUUCGCAAUGUCUGGGGGAAUUUGGAGGAAUCUAUACCUAUUGUCGUGCCCGUUAAGGCCGAACAGCCUGAGGGCAUAAAGCUCACCCUACUGCCAUUCCAACGGGAGAGUCUGUAUUGGAUGAAACAGCAAGAGCAAGGUGUAUGGCAUGGUGGUAUGCUUGCCGACGAAAUGGGAAUGGGAAAGACUAUUCAAAUCAUCGCCCUUCUGGUUUCUGAUAAAAAGAAACCAAAUCUCGUCAUCGCCCCGACCGUUGCAAUCAUGCAGUGGAAGAACGAAAUCGAAGCUCAUACCGACGGCAUGAAAGUUCUUAUUUGGCAUGGCCAGGCUCGAGAAUCUGAUGUCAAAGAACUCAAGAAGUAUGACGUGGUUUUAAGUACCUACGCAGUCCUAGAGAGCUCUUUCCGAAAGCAAGAGAAAGGCUUCGAGCGUAAAAAGGGUGAACGUAAAAUGCUCAUUACUGAAAAGUCGCCGGUACAUCAAAUACAGUGGAACCGAAUCAUCUUGGACGAGGCACACAAUAUCAAAGAACGCGCGACCAAUACCGCCAAGGCCGCCUUUGAAUUACAGGGUAACUACCGCUGGUGUCUCUCCGGGACCCCGCUACAAAAUCGUGUUGGAGAGCUAUACAGUCUCGUUCGAUUCUUGGGUGGCGAUCCAUUCUCCUACUACUUCUGUAAACGAUGUCCGUGCAAAUCACUGCACUGGCGAUUCACAGACAAGCGCACUUGUGACGACUGCGGACAUAGCCCAAUGCAACAUACUUGUUUCUGGAACAACGAAAUCUUGACCCCUAUCCAGAAGCAUGGGAUGCAAGGACCAGGAAAACCGGCCUUCAAGAAGCUCAAGAUACUGUUGGACCGUAUGAUGCUGCGUAGGACCAAGCUUCAACGCGCCGACGACCUUGGCUUACCCCCUCGUACCGUGAUUAUCCGUCGAGACUAUUUCAGUCCGGAGGAGAAAGAGCUCUAUACAUCCCUGUUCUCAGAUGCCAAGAGACAGUUCAAUACAUACCUGGAUCAAGGAACCAUUCUAAAUAAUUAUUCGAAUAUCUUCAGCUUGCUUACUCGUAUGCGGCAAAUGGCUUGUCAUCCGGAUCUUGUCAUUCGGAGCAAAACCAAUGCUAAUAAAUUCAUACAAGAAGCUGAGGGCGAGGCCACCGUUUGCCGACUUUGUAAUGACAUUGCCGAAGACGCCAUUCAGUCCAAGUGUCGGCACAUCUUCGACCGGGAAUGUAUCAAGCAGUAUCUGAACACAGCUGUUGAACAAAAUGCAAGUCCGGCAUGCCCCGUAUGUCAUCUGGUCUUGACCAUCGAUCUGGAGGCGCCUGCCCUAGAGCUGGGAGAAGAACAAGCCCAAGCGCGACAAGGAAUUCUUGGCCGGCUUAACAUUGACACUUGGCGUUCCUCCACAAAAAUUGAAGCACUCGUAGAAGAGUUGAGCAAUUUGCGUAUGCAGGAUUCCACGACGAAGAGCCUCGUUUUCAGCCAGUUUGUAAAUUUCCUUGAUCUUAUCGCUUUCAGACUCCAGAAGGCUGGGUUUACAAUUUGUCGCCUUGAAGGGACCAUGAGUCCACAGGCCCGUGAUGCCACCAUUAAACACUUUAUGAAUAAUGUUGAUGUGACCGUGUUCCUUGUCAGCUUGAAGGCUGGAGGUGUGGCUCUAAACCUCACAGAAGCUUCUCGAGUAUACCUUAUGGAUAGUUGGUGGAACCCGGCUCCCGACACAGAGGCCAUGGAUCGGAUCCAUCGUUUAGGACAACACCGGCCGGUGAAAGCAAUCAAAUUAGUAGUUGAGGAUAGCAUUGAGAGCCGGAUUGUCCAGCUUCAAGAGAAAAAAUCGGCUAUGGUCGACGCAACCCUAUCACCGGACGACUCUGCUAUGGGAAGGUUAACCCCCGCCGAUGUAAGUUUUUUCUACCUUGUGUCGAUUAUCUUGGCUAAUAGUUGCAGCUUUCGUUCCUUUUCCGCGUGA